UAUAUAUAGUCCUGAACUUUGUAAAUGGACAAAAAUGUCUUCAAUUAGUCGAUAGUAACGAGGUAAGUCAAAAGGCUAAAAUUGGAAAUACAGUCAAUAGGGAUAAUUGGCAAACAAUAUAAUAAAUAUGUUAAAAUAAUAAUCCACGUCGUCUAUGUUUGGCCAACCCUAGAGAAAGAUACCGUACCUGCUUUGAUCCAUUGGCGGCGCGAAGAAACAACGUCAAAAGAAAUGGCUACUCUAGAAGACGAUGAAGUUGAUAUAGAUCCCUUUAAAAUUAUCUUGCCUGAUGAAGAAGGUGAAGAGAAGAAGCUUACUACGCUAUUUGACGGUGCAGCGAAGCCACAAUUGCAGAAACAUUACAUCCGCUCCAUCAAGUCAAUGGUUGUGAUUAGACAGCUUCCUUCCGAAGGGCUUUCUUUCCAGCUCUGGCCAGCUGCUACAGCUCUCGUUAAGCUUCUUGAUGACUAUCUCAGUCACCUUAGCGAAAGCCCCCUCGCAACCACACUAACGGCCUUAUCUAACGGUAGUGAAAAUGGUCGGAAACUAAAAAUCCUGGAGCUUGGUUCUGGUACUGGCCUUGUCGGAAUCGCGGCGGCCGUCACUAUAGGAGCUAAUGUGACGAUGACAGACUUGCCGCACGUCAUCCCCAACCUCAAAUUCAACGCAGACGCGAAUGCUGACGUGGUAGCUCGAAGAGGUGGGACCGUCGACGUGACGCCGCUGAGGUGGGGAGAGGCUAAUGACAUGGAGGUAAUUGGGCGGGAAUUCGAUCUUGUCUUGGCUUCUGAUGUGGUUUAUCACGAUCAUCUGUUCGAGCCAUUGAUCCAAACGCUGCGUUUUCUGUUGAAUGGAGGGGCAAGAGGGGGUGAAAAGAAAGUUUUCGUUAUGGCUCACUUGAGAAGGUGGAAAAAGGACUCUACGUUUUUCAAGAAAGCGAAGAAACUGUUCGACGUUGAGGUUUUACACACAGAUCCUCCGAAGGAGGGGUCUCGAAUUGGAGUUGUUGUUUAUGCUUUUGUUGGGAAAAUCUAA